AUGUCAACACAUUUGCCACCAGAUGCGGGACUGUAUAAAAUAGAUAAUAAAGAUACUAUGAGAAUUUGCAUCUUUAUCGUCAAGGAUCAAGGAAGAACGUUUACAGUUGUAUGUAUUGUAGCCACGGAGCGCUUUCUUUCAAUGAUUCAUGUAUCCUUUUCACCACUUCAGCCCCCAGGGAGUCCUUAUGCGCGCUUCUUUGGUCAAAGAAACUGUUUAAG